AUGUCUGAGCCAGAGAAGCGAGCGGAAGUUCAAGUGACGACAGCUGCUAAUGGAACAGGCCCGCCUGAAGAUACUGAGGCUCUCAGUGAAAAAAGGGAUGAGAAGGAAAGUGUAAUAGAUAAAGUGGGAAAAGAAGAGAAAGAAACAGGUACGAAUAAAGCUGAGAAUGUGAAGAUGGUGGAAGCUGCUGACGUGAAUGGUAAGGAGGCGAAUAAAAGAGACGGUUCAGUUGGGAGAGAGGAAUGCGUAGAAAUGGAUAUGGAUGAGGAAGACAAAGAGAAAGAGAAACAGAGAGAGGAAAAUGAGGAUGAAAAGGCUAAGAGUAAGGCUGAAGUGGUGAGUCAUGAGGGUACUCAUGAUAAGAGUGAUUUGGUUGAGUAUGGAGAGGCUAAAGAAAAUAGUGAUGUGGUUAAAGAGGAAGAGAAGUCUGGGGAGAAGAGUGAAGUGGCUGAGGAGGAAGAGGCUAAGGAGAGGAGUGAAGUGAUAAAGCAGGAUGAAGAGGUUGAGGAGAAGAGUGAAGUUAUACAGCAGGACGACAAGGGUGAGGAGAAGAAUAAAGUGAUAAAGCAGGAUGAACAGGUUGAGGAGAAGAAUGAAGUGAUAAAGCAGGACGACAAGGCUGUGGAGAAGAGUGAAGUGGUAAAGGAGGACGAACAGGUUGAGGAGAAGAAUGAAGUUGUAAAGCAGGACGGGAAGGCUGAGGAGAAGGGUGAAGAGACUAAGGGGGACGAGGAGUCUGAGGAGAAGGGUGAAGGGGUCAAAGGGAAGAGUGAGCAGAGUAAGGAGGACAAGGAAUUAGAGUCUGAAGAGAAAAGUGAAGAGGAAGAAGAGAAGAUCAGUGAUGCUGAAGAGAGGAGUGAAGAAGUUAAUGAGGAAACGGCUGAAGAGGAGGAGAAAGGAAAGAGGAAAAGAAGGCAAAGAGGCCCGAAACCUGGGAAUGAAGUUGAAGGGUCAGAAAGGAAGGAUAGUGGAAAGACCAAACGGGUGUUAAGGACUCCGAGGACAGCUUCCAUUGAUCGUCCUGUAAGGGAAAGGAAAUCUGUUGAGAGGUUGGUUGAAACUGUAGAGAAAUGGUCAACUAAAGAUUUCCUAAUCGAAAAGGUAUCAUUUUUGAAGCAUUUUUUUUCUUAGUUUCUUUCUUGAAGAUAUUCUUGAAAAUUUUUCUGGACUUUUUGGUUUCAGUUUUUACUUUGAAUUUUUGUGCAGGGUGGAGGAACACCCCUAAAGGAUAUACCUAAUGGUAUGUAGCACAAUUUUGAUAUAUAAUUUUCAACAAGCUAGCAUUGGUUGUUAUGAAGAUUAAUUAUGUUUAUUACUGCCUGUAUAUUUCCCUACAUGAAAGUGCUGAAGGGCACCGAAGAAUGAAUAUAUGACUGCAUUAAGAUUGAUUUUCUACUCAAAUCAAUUGAGUUUCGUCUCAGAUGUAAUAAGUUGAUUUAAUUUAAUAAUAUAAAUAAAUCACUAGUUUAUUUAUAAAUAAAUUAACCGCUAGUUUAUAUAAUUCUUGACAUUGAACAAUUGAUUUAAUAGGUUCUAGUUUUCAUUAUUGUUUUAGGGAGAGCUAUAUUAUGUAUAUGUGUAUUAUUACCGAUUUAUUGUUUCAGCUAAAAAAGAAACUCAAUUAAACAUAUUUAAUGUUUUUCUAGUAUUUUUGGAUGUUCAAAACACCAUCUAGAAAGGGAGUAAUAUUAGUUUCUUUUAUGGAAAUAUUUAAGUUGGAAACUGUAUCCUUAAAGACUAUGGUCUUCAUGUAUUCUCUCAUAUUAGGAAUUUACCUAUAAAUGCAUUUACACAUAUCAACGUUGUUGGGCAUUCCUCUCUUGGAUCCUUUAAAUGUAGUUCUUUGGUUUAAUCGUUCAGAAUGCUCUGGAAGGGAAUCUUCAUUUAUUAUUUUCAUAUUUUUAUAAUCUGUAUGUUUCGUUGGCUACAUUCUCCUAGUGGAUAAUGGUUCAGCUCUGAACUCUGUUUAGUUAUUGACGGACAAUAUCUAAUCUUCUACAUAGUUGAAACCAAGCUUGCAUGGAUAUAGGAUUAUCUGGACCUCCCCUCAGGGUUGACCUGUGUUUUUCAUCGCAUAUGUUUUUUUGACUAGGUAUUUGUAACAUCAAUGAUGCAAAAGACUCUUCAACUAUCAAGUUCGUUGUCCUUCUAUUUGACAGGAUUGAAUCGAAUCUUUGGUUCAAGCCCAUUUUCUUCCUUGACUGGUGGGGUGUUCUAUGGCAGAAUUCGAGUGAGUUAGUUUGUAAAUGAUGGUCUCAGGUUCUUUUGCUGGAGGGAAAUGAUAUGUAGUUUUUUUUUCCCUGCAUUCAGCCAGAUCGGACUCUUCCCUUGUAUACUCUGAUUUGAGUGAUCAGAUAUCAUACCUGAUCAAAUUAAAUUCAAUGUGGCUGAUUUGAUCCCAAUUAACAUGCUAGCAUGUGGCAUUCUUUUGUUCAUAAAGUUGAUCGGUGUAAAGAUAGAUCUGGCUUGUAAGGAACAUUCAUAAUUUUUUUAACAAAAUUUAAUUGACAGAAGCUAUAAACAUGACGAUGUAAAUUGUCUUGGAGCUAGUUGUAAAUAAAUCUCUGAUUUAUUUAUUCUUGGAGCUAGUUGUAAAUUGUCUUUAUUUAGACUGCUGUAGAAAUUAUGCUCUAAAAGCAACAGAGGAAUUUUAAAGAUGUUUACAACCUUUUGAAAUAAGUGCGAGAUUUUCUGGUGAUCUUCCCUUAUAAGUUUCACUAUACAGUGAUAAUGAAGUGUGCCUUACUUUUAAAUUUUGUUUGAAGGUCAACGUCUUCAUUUUAUCAUUCAUCUUUGCAUGAGAAUAUGACUAUGGUCUAAGCUACUAAUGGUUUUACGACCAUAAGGCAAGCUUGACUGUCACUGCCCCAUAUUCUAGAUCUUUGAAAUGAUUAAGAUCCCUGAAAUGAGGUAAUUUUGUGGUUAUUCAUUGUGAAACUUCUUUUGUUGCGGAAAGGGGAAUCGGCUUUUGACCAGUCAGAUUAAUUAGACCCAUGAAUUUAACCCUAACUCUUUGUUGAUUAGGAAUAAAGGAGAAGAUAUGUUGACAGACCAGAAAAUAUAGACCCCAAUGAUGUUCUCAUUGUAAAUCAUUUCUAACCACUUUUUUUUUGUAGGAUCUAAACAUUAAGCAAUAACUGCACCGUGGAAACAUAACGAAGAUAAAAUUGAUGUAUGGUUAGAAAUCAUUUAAUCUACCGUCAAAUGAACUGUGAUUAUCUCUUUUAUGUUUAUUACUCCAUUACAACUUUAACCAAUAUUUUAAGUUGUGUCAGUCAUAUCAGGUAUCCAUUAAUGUUUUCACUGAGAUCUUUGGACUAUGUUAUUCUGCAGUGUUAUUUUUACAUGAUCAAAUGGAAGUCUUGUAGAAUUUUUCAUAUUUAUUCUUGGGUUCUAGCUUAAAUAGUGAUUUUGGUUGGGUGAUGAAAUUCGAUUGCUUUAUACUUUCCGAAUGUUGUGUUUAUUGUUGAUGUACUCUAUAAUUGUAAUUUCUUCAACAUUUGUAUGUUAUAUUUUAAUGAAUGAUCUCCAAGUGUAAACCUGGCUUCAUUUUCAGUGGCUCACAAGUUAUCGAAGAAAAAGCCUGAUGACAUUAGAUUACUUCAUCUGCUUCUUUUUGGAAGGAAGGGAAAGGUAAUUCUGAGUGUGAGGGAUAAUUAAUUCUGAACUUGUCUUGAUCUGAGUUGGUUGUUGGGCGUUUUUCUGUCUAAUACUUGUUAAUGUAUACUUAACUUUCCAAAUAAGUUGCUUGCAUUUACGAUUACAUUUUUUGUUAAAUUUGUGCGUGGCUUUUUUAAAAUUUACUAAUUGGCUCUUUUCAAUUUUAAUGUCACGUGAAGGAUUUACAUUUUCCAUCAUUUUCCAUUUAAUGCUUAUGACUCACCUAAAAUGCAAGAUCGCCUGGUAAUCAACAAGUAUUUAAUAAAUCACUGAUGACGCUUAAGCAAAAAAGUACAUGUUAGCUGAUUGAUGCUUGUGACUUGUCUAAUGUGAAAAUUUAUUCGUUAAUCCUAUUUGAAUUAGUGAACUGUUGAUGGGCUCUGAGGUGACAGGUACCAAUUGAUUCAUAGAUUAUUAGGAGCCAGUAGACAAUAGAUCAAUAAUCAGGUUGGGAUUAUGUUGUCCUCAUCCAAAGAUGAUUCUGCAAUUGUCUGUCUGUCCAUAUGCUUGAUACCAUACCUCAAAAAUUGGGGUCACAUGCUUUAAAAGAAUUGUUUCUAAUAUUUUUAAAACAAGCGCACUGAUUCACGCACAAAAAAUGGUUCAGCUCUCUAAACUCCACUCUUUAGAAACUCUUUUCAGGUACAGCUAGCCCUACUAGACAUCAAUGAACUAGCUCGUUAUUACGUAAUCUUUGGGUGCUGGUUUCCCUCUUUCAAAACACUGGACUUAAGGUGCAAACUCAAUGCAAAACUCUUUGAAAUCUCUUGAAUACAUAUUGCGGGCAAUCUUCAUGAAAACCUGAAGAUCGGCUUGCUCUAAUGAUCCAAUAAAUAUUAAAUGAACUUGCCAAAGAAACUUUUUCACUUUAUAGUUAGUGACACUUCAGCUUCCUCCCUUGAAAACUUUCUUUCCUAAGAAGGGAUCUUUUAGAUUGGGGUGCUCCAAGUCUGAUAAUUAGCACGUUUAGGGUCUAGAUUUUCUUCCUUCUUCUUGAAUGUGCUUUGAAAUCUCUCUUGAACCUGUUAAAGGUUCCUUUUAGGGUCCAAUCUGUCAAGAAAGCAACUAAUGUUUGGUGCUGAAAUCAUGCCCAGAAAGUGCUGUGUUACUGACCCAUAUGUAGGGUUCACGAUUUGAACUUCGUGAUUUUACUUGCAAAUUUUUAACGUUAUAACAAUGAAUUCAUCUUCUAGAGGGCUGUAGAAGGGCUAUAAAUUCAUUGAUGAUACCAACCAGAUGGGUCAGAUACGUUUGAAUUACUGUGUAAUCAUCUUAAUCAUGUUACAGGAGUUCUAUUAAUAUAGAGAGAAUAAAUGGGAGUUUCACCAUCGUCAGAAUUCAUUCACCCAGAAGACAUAUGUCGUUUUUUCGUCAUCAAUAUCAUUCUGUUAAGGGGAUCAACAAUUUCCAUGAUGAUUGUUGGGUUGAAGCUCAAUCAGGCUGUGUGCUUGUGGGCUGCAUGCUGAUCAGCAACUUCUCCUCAUGGUUGGGAUCAGUGCGACUCACUGGACUUGGAAGUGGGCCGACAUGUCUGGUAGCUUGGAUGAAAGAAAAGUUAGUGAUUCCACGCUCAAUUAAAGUUUUGACAGGGUAGGACAUUCUUGGUCCUGGUAAUUACAUCCAUAGUCGAGGAAAAAAAUGGCAGAGGGAGAGGAGAAUAAGAUAGAUAACUAAGAAACAGUUAAAUAAACAAAUUCUUGAAAAGCAGAUGAUAGUUAGAAUACUGAUUGGCCGCUGCUUUCUGGUUUCCAGGUUUUAUUCUCACUAAUAUGAUUCCUUUCUGGGCAGGUCAGUAAUUGAUUUCCUUCGUAAUGUAUGUCCUCUUCCUCUCUGCAGUUGAUAUCUUGGAUCUGCCUUCUAGAAAGGAAAAUUAAUAGAUCAAUCAAAUUACGAUAAGCUUGGUAAUCAUCAGAAGUGUAAAAUAUGGAAAAAAUAUAAAAGGAGCACAUGUGACAAAGAAUGGAAAAAGUUGUAGGGACUUCUGCUAAAACAUGGAUGGCAAUGUUGUGAAAGACGAUUACUUGACUGGCACAAUUAUAUUACAAAGAUAUCUAUCAUGAUAUCUUUGUUCAUUCUAAUUUCUUUUUGCUCUAUCAAAGUAUUAAUUUUUUUUCUUACUGUGAAUGGUAUUAUUUUAAAGUGUUUUGUGGUUUUUAAUGGUGGAUAAGAAAUCCAAUUUUAUCGUGCUAUCAAUAAAAGAAUGUGACACUUACUGAUUCUCAUCAGUGGCAUGGAUUUUUCUACCACGGAUUACAUUGUCAUGGCUGAUUUAACCUGAUUGCAUCAUUGAACUGGGUGGACCUGUGUGAUCUUAAUUGAGCAUGAUCUGCUGAAUUGUUGAGUUCCUUAAAAAAUAGAAAUAUCUGACUAGGAUGUGAAUUCUCGAGCGUAUUUAUGAUUUAUUUUGGAACAGAAUAAUCAUCUCUGGUCAUGCGUGAAACCUGAGGGUGGAACGUUAGGGAUUAAAGUUUCGUGCAUCUUGUGGGAUAAACCAUGGUUUAAAGCAAUCAACAAUAGAUUUUCAGAUCUGGUCUGGCUCCAAAACUAAACUGGCUUUGUGAUUACAGUCUUAGAAGGAGAUAUUCAACUUAGGCAACUGAGGGGAGAAAAAGUUGGCGGAUUGUUCCAUGGCAUGAAAAUAUGACAGAAUAAACACGUAUUAUUGGGAAAUACAUCAUCUUCGCUAGCCUAACAGUUCAGGAAGAUGGUGUAGGCGGUAUGACCUGAGUUGAUGAGCCCUGUGACACCGUGAGAUAGAACUUCUUUUAAGGAAGGGCACCUGAAAAUGGUAUGCACAUGUGUGGAGAGUUUUGAGUCAAGGACGUCUAUGGGAGAGGAAAAGACAUCUAGAUGGAAAUUUUUGGUAACUAGAUGAGAGAGUGGUCAGAGGAAACUACUGUUUCUUGGUAACACAGGAAUGCCACCGGUUUCUUCCUAUGGCUGAAGAUCUGCGAAGACUAGAGAAGAACAGCUGAUGUAUUGAUGUGACAGUGAUGCAGAAAAGUGCAGUUCAGUCAGCUAGUCUCACGUUCAUCAAAGAAAAUGAUAGGUGUAUUCUGAAUUGGUUUGUUCAUCUAUUAAUGUUAAUCUCAUCAUCACCUUUGCGGCAUAAUUCUAGUGUGGUGUACCCACUUGCAUGAAUCGCGAGCUUUGGGGCAUUACACGAGUGAAACUUCUCCCCAAUUUAAUAGCACUUGUUUGGAUGCUUUUCUUAGGUCAACUCUAUCAUCAAAGUUAAACAUGAAUAUCUGAAAGUCUUCAUACUAAUUGUUAUUGUUUUUUUUUCCUUGAAGCAAACAGGCAGAUCUUUUUUGUUUCCUGAUCAGUCAAUCAGUUGAUUUUUGUUGUCAGGAAAAUGUGCAUUUGUAGUUGUAUCUGAAUCCCCAUUAUUCAGUUACAUCGAAUUUGUUGCUUUUCAGGCUGUCAAUUACAAGAACCACAUCUUCCAGUUUUCUGGCUUUGUAUGGCAUGAGAAUGAGGUUAGUAGUUCAUUCCUGCUCUGGGAAAGUAACAGUUUCCUUUCUAUAAAACUUGUUUUCUAGCGCCAGCUCUUUAAUUCUGAUGUAGUAUAUGCCCAUAGAUAUCCUCAUACUUAAGAAAGCUGUCUUCAAUGUGCCGUCUUUUACAGGAUAAAGAAAGAGCUAAGCUAAAGGAGAAGCUUGAAAAAUAUGUCAAAGAUAAGCUGUUGGAGUUGUGUGACGUCUUUGAUAUACCAGAUUCAAAGCCUUCUUCAAGGAAGGUAUCACAAUGGGAUACCUAUCAGACAACUAGCGAACCUUAAUAAUCCUUUCUUACCCAUUAUUGACAAAUGGUCAGUGAUCUCUCUCGCAGGAAGACCUUGUGGCAAAGCUUGUUGAUUUCCUGGCCGCUCCUCAUUCCAAGACUGACCCUAAACUUGCUGAGAAGGAGCAGGUUAGCUCCUUCAGUUUUAUGCCUCAUUAGCCCCAGAAAUUUGCUGGAUCUUGAGAUCCAGCUAUUUGCAAUUCUUGGGGCGAGGGUUGCUGUAUGGUUAUGGUUUAUCUUUUCGUCGCCAUCUUGCAGAUCCUUGUGAUGGGAUCCGGACAAGAGAAGUCUGCAAAGAGUAGUGGCAGGAUUCUGAUCCUUCGUGAUUUAUGUUUUUAUGCUAUUCUAUCAUUCUGUUGCAGUCAAAAAAAUCUGCGAAACGGAAGAGAGCAUCUAGAAGUUCUCUGGGAAAGCAUACGGACGAUUCUGGGAAGAGUUCAAGAAUGGUAUCUGUUCUAUAUUUUGUUGGAUGUUCUUCUCAAUGUUGAACGUGAUUGACCAGAUGCCCUCCAUGUGGAUAUUAGUCCAAAGAGAUUUAGGGAAUUCUUUCUUUCUUUUAUGAAAAAUGUAUUCUUGCAUCUAAAUUUUAUAUAUGAACGAAUCGAAUAAUUUCAGUUCCUGCAACAUCAAUCCUACCUUGUUAUCAGGAGUUUUCUUUGAUUUCAUGCAUGUUCUUUUAAAAUUAUCCACCCUCACUUUACUCGCUUCCUGUAAAGUAGGAGUCGGUUUGAAUAAGUUUUCUUAUUUUAAUUUCAAUGUUAUUAUUUUAACAGUUCUGUUCAAGUCUGAGAGUUAUUGUUUCCGAUAAAAUAGGUUUUCUGAAACUUUCUUCGUUAUUACUAUUUCAAUAUUAAUUAUUAAUCCUGUUUGCAGAAACGAACAAAAACAAUGGAUACCUCGAAAUCGGCGAUAAAUACAACUGACACGGAAGAGGAUGACGAUGAAGAUGGAGAUGGUAGAGGGGAAGACAAAGCCCAUGAUCUUCCUGAUGAGAAUGAGGAAACCAUGCAGUCCGAGAGUGGGGGAGAAGAUGGAUCCGAGGGUGAUUCUGAGGAAGAUGAAUAUCCAAAGAAAGGUAGAGGGAAUAGGAAGAAGACGCCAAGGAAGCGUGGUUCCUCUGCCAAAGACGCCAAGCCCAAGAAGGUUACCACCCCUGUGAAAAGCCCUCUGCCAGCAUCGACCAAGAGCCCUGCGAAAUCAUCUUCUAAACGUUCGAAGACUGCUGCGGCUGAAGAUUCAAAUGAAAGGGUGUCCUCAAGGAAAAAGAGUGACGUUGUAACACCUAAGAGGACGCCAUCGCCAAAAGCUAAGACAAAUGAGAAGAGAUCCACAGGUAGUGAUUGUGUCCCCGUUUUUUCUUUUUAUCUCUGUCAGACAUGGACAUUUUCAUCAAAUUUGAUUUUAGUGUCCUAUCAAACACGCGUUCUGCUAUUGAUCUCCAGAUGGGUGCUGCUCAAAUUAGGAUUUCUGAUUUGUGUAUCAUAACUGAAUUUUCAUCGUUCCCUUCUGGAUGUUGCUUUGCGUUUUCUUUAUCUUUAGUAAUUUCUUGGAGAAGAUGAACCUGAGCUUGGUUGAGAAGAUAUAGCUUUUAAGCGCUUCAUUUAUUAACCAUCAGCAGCCUUUAAUUUCAGACGACUUUCCUUUCUGUUUUCUGCCAUGUGAGCCCUCAUUUUGUUAACCCUCAUCAUGGUUCCCAUGAAGGCAAGAGGACAGGUAGAGGAAAAGGAAAAUCAUCUCAGGCCAAGGAAUCCAGCCCAAGCGAGGACGAAUUGAAGGAUAAAAUUUGCGAAAUUCUGAAGGAAGUUGACUUCAACACGGUACUAUUCUUUACAUAUCAUUAUCACUCAUCAAAAGAAUAUCUAGUAUUUACAUAAAAUAUUGAAUCGGUCAUAUCAACGACAGUAUUUACAUUGAACUGUUCCAGAAUGAUUAUGGAAUCUAGCAAAUGGGUUUUGGCCUGGGGUUAUCCUUCUGAAAUGAACUGUCGGAAGAUGGGUCUCCACUGAAGUUAGAACAAUAAUACUUGUUUUAAUUUUGUAAGAUAUGAGAUCUAGUUAGUUGCAUUUGUUUCCUACAAAUCUGACAUCGUCUUUUUCCUCUCUUCUGCAAAUUUCAUAAUUUUUCAGGCCACAUUCACAGACAUUCUCAAGAAACUGAGUGAGUAUUCUCAAAGCUAGAUGAAUACCCUGUUCUUUAUAUGUGUGCAUCCUCCACCUCCUAAACCUUUGAAAACUUCAAUCCUAGGCGCCUAUUACAAGAAGGAUCUCACGCCCAGGAAGGCAUUGAUCAAGCUGAUGAUCCAGGAUGAGCUGACGAAGCUAGCUGAUGAAGCAGAGGACGAAGACGAGGAGGAAGACAAGGCUGACCGCAAGGGGCCUGCUGGCAAGAAGGUAAAGGUAUGA